GAAGAAUGUAUAUCGUAUUAUCUUAUGUUGCUAUCACACUUAUUUGUAAAGAAACAACAAUGAGCGAUAUUCUGCUAAAACUGAACGAAAGAGGAAUCCCCACACAGAUAAAGUGCGUGGAGAAUAGAAACAACGAAAACAACGAAACUGCGAGAAUCAAAAUGUUUUAUUUGCCAUCGCUUUGGUCUGAACAGCAUCCUAUUUCUAUAACAAUUAACAAAACCUCAACUGUUGAAGUUGGAAAGAAAAUGUUAAAAAUUGACGCAAGUGUUUUCGAAUUUGAUGAAGAUUACAAUAUUUUACUUCGAGACACCUCACUUUUGGUGAAAUAUUUUAAACUUUUACAAGAACUUUAUGGUUUUAAAAUUGAAACAGUAGAUUCCACACAUGCGGCACCUAUUGCUCUUCCUUGUCGUCGACAACCUUAUGCUUGGAAUUAUUAUUUAUCUCCAGCAAUUACAGAAGUUUCACCCAUAUUUGUCAUCAAGGCAGCGCAGCCACUCGAAAAAUCUGUUGCUCUUCUGAAACCUUUCCAAGGUUUACUCUGGAUUUUCAUUAGUGCAACCAUUCCAUUGCUGUUAUCAUUAUCGUUUGUCAUUUUCAAAGUGGAAGCAAGAAUUUGUCAUAAGAAGCCAUUGCGUUUUACAUCAAUAUUUUGGACGAUAUUACGAUGUUUGUUACGUCAAGAUGUUGAUAUUGAUUCAGUUUAUUUGAAUACAUUACGUAUCACUUUCGGCAUUUGGAUGAUGAUGGCUUUCGUUUUGACUUCUGGAUAUCUUGGCAUACUUCCAUCAUAUAUGAUUUUUCCUGGAGAAGAGAAAAUUCCUCAAACUUUUAAAGAAUUAUUAGCUGUGUCUUCGGAUGAAAAAUACUAUUUGGGUGUUAUAACUUUUUCCUUGCAAUAUGUCUCACUCUGGAGUUUAGUCUGGAAACAACAACCAAAUGAAAUUCUAGAAGAUAUCAGAGAAUACAUCAGUGAAUACAGCUUGGCAAACAUACAAAACGUAUCGCAUGGAUUGGAGCAUGUUUUGAAUGAUAAUGGCUGCCUGAUUUCAUGCAAUAACGAUAUUCAACUGGGAAUUGAAGAAUUCGGAAGAAGUAAAUUUUUCAUAUCUUCAGAUAUUUUGAACACAGAAUUUCAUUUUAUUUGCAUGAGAGAGUACUUUCCGUAUAUCUUUGAAUUCCGACGGAUGACUACCAUCAUUCAGCAAUCUGGAAUCGCUGAGAAACUACUUCGAGAUUCACAGGAAGAUGUUCGAAGACAAAGAGAAUUCUACGAAACUGUAGAGAUAGAAGAGGAAGAUAAACUAAAAGUAGAGCAUAUUAUAGGCUCUAUUUAUAUACUAAUUGCUGGAUAUGUAAUUUCAAUAACAGUUUUCUUCAUGGAGGUUAUUGUACACUGCGGGAGAAAGUGCGUAUCUCGAAUUAAAGCAAGAAAGUAUCGAAGUUUCUGUUUGUGCAAACUUAGAGUACACCAGAAGUGAAAAAGUUGAUAAUAUUUUAUUUUCAUUUAUUCAAAGAAAAUUAAUAUUUGAAAACAAUUGUUGUUAUGUCACUUAAUAGGGAUUGUGCAUGAUUACUACUUUUAUAUAAUU